ACAACCCUGUCAUUAAGGUGUUGUCGAAAUGAGCCCCGUAGGUGUGGGCCGUUCCCGAAGUUUGUGGUUGUAGAUUUUCAAAGGGGCGGACUUCUUAUUGGCUCCGGGACCAAAUUCCUGAAACUGGUCUUCGCUGCUUUGAAAAAUGUCUUCGUAACAGGAGGCGCCAAGGAGCUUCUUUCACACGCGGUAGAGAACAUGACGGAAGCUCCUCAGGGGUUUGAUUUCAGCUUCUUAAAUGACGAGGAGGCCAGGAAGAUCCUCCAGGUGCUGGAAAGAAAUGAGGAGCUCCAGAGGGCAGAGAAGGACAGGAUCAGCAAACUCCAGAAGACAAAGAGGGAUAUCAGAUGGCUUCAAGGAGUGACUGGCGAAUGGUUUGAGGAAAUUCAAAGAAAAAAGUUCUGCAAUGAAACAGAUGUUAGCCAAAUGUUAAAACAGCCACUUACGUACAGACUCAGGAAGGGGAUGGCAGAAAAUGAUUCCAUGAAAUUACAAACAUCAAGAUCUAAAAAUACAGCUCAUCAAAGAAACCCAACAUCCGUUUCUUCUCGGCUGAGUUUCCGAUCGUCAUUUGCGUCCCUGUUCUCGUUCAGAAAAUCCAGAAAGGAGACUUUAAAGCUUCAGUCUCUGGGACAGAAAGGAUGUGACAACCACCCGGGACCUCCUGCGUCUGUGAGGCGAGUCCUUACGCAGGCAAAAAUACACAGCUCACCUCUGGAAAAUCCGCCAGUUGAGAGUGCAUUUGUCCCCAGGCCCACAAGCAUGAGGGAGGGAAAUGGCGUGCCCCCGUGGGAUGCAUCCCUGCUAGAAAAUGAGUAUUUCCAAGUUUUGGAUGAUCUGGAUACCAAACUGGCUCAGGAACAGUGUCCAAGCUCCGUGAAUACCACAACAUCUCUCAGCUAUGGCUCGAGAACAGAGUUCAGCCAUUUCUACUCUAGAGGGAACACACACGGUAAUAUCACCGGAUGGCACAAAAACCACUAUAAUGAAACUUCUAAUCUGUCUAUCUAUGACAUCCUGAGGCCAGGAGCCCCUAGGGAAGGUUUUAGAACCUUUUCUCCAAGAACAAAAACAAUUUAUGAUAUGUACAGAACAAGGGAGCCCAGGCUCCUAAAAGAAGAUUCUGUGCGAAAGAAUACUUUUGGUAGUACUUCUCUGUGUUUUGACAGCAGGCAACGAUCAGCUUCACCAGCUACAAGAUAUUUCACAGCAAGAAGCUUACAUUUUCCAACCAUCACUCAGAACAAGAGUGGGUUUCUACCACCCAGGCACCAGCAGAGCCCAAAGAGGACUCCUUUGUCAUCCAUCAUAUGGAAUAGAGCAGAUUCUUCUGGAGAUAGACAGAGCCAGGAAGAGUUUCCGAGGGCCCCCUCGCCCAUGGAGAUUGACACUGCCGACCCGUAUGCGUAUCCCAGAUGUUUUCGGGAGAAGACGAGAUACGGAUUCUACCGUUCACAGAGUGUUUACCAAGGUAUUCAUUUUAAUGCCCCCGUGGAUAAUGCAAUGAGUCCUGACCCAUUUGAGAAUUCAGAGAAUAUGCCAUUCUACCCUCAGGAAAACCCAUUUGCUCAAUCUUUCUCUAGCAACACCUUUGGACGAAACAGGGAACAAAGAUUUAGACAGAGUCCUUUUUGGGACCAACAGGAGGAACAUUCUUCCUGGUCUGAGUUUCAUCAAAGCAGGCAUCUCCUCCCUUCUUCCCACAGAGACUUUGAAAUGAUUUCCAUGGAAGCAAAUAGUGUGUUGGCUGCUCGUGGCCAUGGUGUUCCUUCUCAACACCGGGGAUCGUUUUCUUCUAGUUACAGAACAAAUAUGUUCGGAGGUCAAGAAGAGCCACACCCCUGGCAGUUUGAUUCUCUGACACCCACGCUGGAGAGCAUGGAGAUGUCACGAGGUAAUGGGAGCCAGUUGACUCAUUUCAACACACCGAAUGUUUGUGCUCUGACUGGUCCAGGCUAUCACAUCCCAUCUGGUAAGUCAGUGUGUCAAGACGGCAGUCGUCCUACGGAUAUACACAUAAACAAAGAAUCUUAUUCAUCUGGCAUCGCUCAGACUCUAGCAUCUACGUUCAAAACUUCAUUCCCCCAGAUUCCUGAUGACAGAGGGAAUCCUCAGAGUCCCAUCUUUCAGAAGCCCACCGUCACCGCACAGAAAAUUAAGCCUGCCUCUCUUCCAGGAAAAACCUAUACAGAAGUCACCGUGACCAAAAGGAAUUCAGUUGAUUCUCCACCUCUUACUGAAAACCUACCCAAUAUCGUGGCCACAGAAGUGAGCCAUGAGAAAGACUUGAACGACUCUAUUUUGGGAGAAUAUGAACAACUGAACAAGAUGGACCAGACAAACGUGACAAGUGAAAUGCCCCAACCCGACGCACAGACCGUAAUCUCUAACCCUUCCCCCAGUUUUCAAGAUCCCCUCUCCCAGGACUCAGCCCAGAGCAGAAGAUUUGCUUGGAAUGCGUCUACCACAGUAAGUUCCAAACAGAGAGAUAUAUCCAAAAUUCAUCUAUCACACAGAGGGAAAUCCAACGAACUAAAAAAAGAUAGGAAUUAUCCUGGGAAUAGAAAAGUUGGCCCAGCAACUACCCCUCCUUUCAUUCAGGAAAGCAGAACAACAUCAUUUCCCGGCCCAGAACCAGGGUGUCACCAGGAAGUAAGAGUAAGUGGUGAACGCAGCACAACUCAUUCUAUGAACUGUAGCCAAUCAGCGGCCGGCCACAAGAUCCGAGGUGACGCUUUAGAUCUGUCCUCAGCUAUCCUACCUGAUACGUCACCAUCGAAUAAUUCUUUACUCCAGGCUCUGGUGAUUCCUUCUACAACAGCAUUCUCCAGGAGAAGUCCUUCAGGCAAAGAUCCAUCUCUGGGAGAAGGAGAACAAAAAAACAAUGAUAGUAAACCCCAAAAUGAUCAGUUUGCCCCAAGCUCCUCAGAAAACCAAAGGAGUCAUGAUAAUUUUGUGCUCGUACAUGAUGAGGUAGUUGACGCUGUCAAAUGUCAUUCCCGCCCUCCUUGCAGGGAGGGAAAAGGAAAAGGAAAAAUAAGACGAUGCAUAUCCUGUUUUGAAAAGUUAAGCAAAACAGAAAGCAGAUCAGCAUCAAGUGAUAAAAGUAACCACAGGGAAAUGAAACAAGGCAGUUCCAAGCGUCCUGAGGGUCACACAACUUACUGUAUCUCGCCAAGAAAAUCAGCCAGUUUCUUCAUCAAUAACAGGAAACUGGAAAGUAAGGUAGUGCGUUCUUCCUUUAGGAAUGACCCACUUCCAUUCCAAAUCAAGAAUAAGGUGGAAGACCCAGUAGGGAAGUACACGUCAAACAAAUUCAGUUCCAGUUCUUCGGAGUCAGAAAGCAAAUGUUUCAAAGCUGUUUCAGACUUGGUCUCAGUAGCGUCUGAAGCCACAAAGAGGAUGACACAUACGAAAAACAUUAGACCUGCUUCUGUUAGAAAAGGACCACUUCCAUUCCUCAUCAAGAGGGCUGUGUCGUGUCCUUCGGGGGCACCAGAUGCCUCUAAUGGGAGAGAUGAAAGAGAAGAAUCCUUGGCCUCAGACACAGGUGCUUGUGCUCUAACACUAAAACCUUGGGAGACCAUCAUUAGCCCUCCAGAAAGUAACUCGCCUGUUAGCGAUUGUUCUUUACCCAAAAGACACCCUCAAAUGGAAUACUUUCAAGAACAUACUGAAAAGGAUGGCAAAAUUGCUUCCUCCAAGACAGGUCUCUUUUCAAAUGAAGACCCUUUGCCUUUUUCUUCAGACAUGUCAAGAAAAGAAAGUGGGAAAACAUUACACAAAUUUAAGACCACUAGUGUGUUUUCUGUUUCUGGUGAUGAAGAUAAUGUAAAAUGUCUUGAGGUGGUUUCGAUAUAUUACACUCUGCCAAGGAAAUACAGCAAGAAAUUCUGCAACAUUCUUGAAAAGUAUACACAGCAAAUUGAUUCACAUCCAGAGUCAAUGAAAGUGGAGACUGAAGCAUUUCCUAAUGCUUUUGAAAAGGACAAACUAAAUGAUUCUCCACAAGAGCACUCAGGAACACCUUCAUCUGAAGGUCAAAAGAGGCUGGUCAAUUCUGCCCAGGAGAAGAGCCAUUUUCUCUCUCACACCACUGAAGAUAUGACUGCUUUACCAGACCUUGGACCCUCAGAGCUCACAUUACAGGAAAUGGCUUCUACGGAGACAGAUAUUUCUCUUCAUAAAGGACCAUCGAAAACUAGAGAGAUUUCCCCAGAUAACUUCACUAAAACACCUGCUGGUGAUUCACAGAGCAGAAAGGAGGGAGGGAAGAAGUGGCCAAGUGAAACCCUGCACCCUUCAUCAAUGCUUCAGGGAAAAAAAGUUACAGAAGAGAACUCGGAAGACUGUCAGCAGCCCAUUAAGUUGGGUAACCGUGGCCCUUCUCAUCUUCCAGCCCGCUCAGAAGAGACAGUUGGAAAUUCCCCAACCGGAAGUUCUGAGGAGUGUGCAGGUAAGGCUGUGGUGAUUACAGCUGCUGGAACUGCGGAACGCCCUCAGAAAGAUACCACAGGCGAAGCUACGGCUGGGAGGGCCCAUGGAUCGCAGCCUAGGCAAGUAAGAGGGGAAACGGGAACACAUGUCCAAAAUGAGACUAAAAAAGGACUUUCUGACUCAGAAAGCCAGGUCUUUGCUCUUACUCCAGCUUUGCAAAAUCUACACCUUGAUGAAGGGACUUGUCCAGGUGAAGCAGAUGUAGACAGUUUGCAGUCUGAACCCAGAGACCGACCUCAAAGGAGUCAGGAGGUAAGUAUGACAGAGAACGGCAAAGCUGAAGACGAAAUACGGAGGUUGGCAUGGGAUCAACCUUCCCUUCCUGAAGGAAGCAAUAAAAAUAAAACCAGCUUGGAUGACCCAGAAAAAGGGAAGAACAGAUCUUUAGUUAAACACAGAUGGGCAGCCAUGUCCAAAGCCAGCAGAAAAUUCUCAGCUAAAGAUUUAAGCCCCAGAAGACAUGUAGCUACUAUCUUCCCCCAAAGUGGGAAGAGUUGUAGCUUGGACAGUCUGUCUCUUGGAACACCAGAGUGUGACGCUCUGUCCCCCGAGCCUGCUCCAAAGCCCGUAGAAUCCAGAGAUGAACGCAGGUUGAGUAGCGAUGUGAUGGGUGUGGAGAAAUCCGAGAACUCUGUCAAGGUGACUAUAAUAUCCGACAGAGAAGCUUCUACACAUUUAAGCAAUCAGAAGUCUAACGGCAUGUCACAACUAUGUCAGAGUGAGUCUAAAAAUGUCUCAGACUCAUCACCCAAGUGUGAGAAGUCUAAAGACGUAGCGGCAGCUCAGACCUUGGGAAGAGAGUCAGGGGCCUUGACCCAACCGACGUUCCCCAGCCUCGGGGAAGCAGACUUCUCUGACCAUCAGAAAGGACUGAACCCUCCUUUUCCAUUGGAGCCUGAAGAGAAAUCCAGAGGGAGCCUCCCGUUGUCCACUUAUUGGCAGGAACAAAGUGCUUCAUCUCUGGAGUGGGAACCUGAACCGCACCGCCGUCACUCAAACAGUUUAAAAAGCAUCAGUGUGCACGGUAAUCUAAUACGCAAAAGCCAUCCUCCAAAAGUCAGGGAACGCCAUUUGUCUGAGAGCACGUCUCUUGUCAAUGCCCUGAGUCAGCUGACCCUAGGGAAUGAUUUCUCUAGCAAUGGUGGGUACAGUCGAAGAUUCAGAUCCUUUUCUGAGCUUUCCUCCUGUGACGCAAAUGAAAAUCCAGUUUUGUGGAGUGGCAGAACAAAAAUGGGUCCCCGGUCUGCCACGUCUAUAUCCAGACCCAUUGACUACGGAAUUUUUGGGAAAGAACAGCAGCUGGCCUUCUUGGAGAAUGUAAAGAGGUCACUCACACAAGGAAGAUUAUGGAAGCCGAGCUUUCUCAAGAACCCUGGCUUCCUGAAAGAUGACGUGAUUAGUGAUCCUAAUCCAACAGAGCCAUCCGGCUCAAAUUCUCCUCUGGGCCAGAUGCCAGAAGAUGCCUUAUCUCCAAGCACACCGCUUAAUAUCUAUGAAGAGAAUCCACUGGACUCAGAUUGUGACACAGACACAACCACAGAUGAUGAAUAUUAUCUGGAUGAAAAUGACAAAGAGUCAGAACUGUGAGCCUUCUUCAAUAAAAUGCCUAACCUUUCCACCAAAAGCUUGUAUGGAAAUGAAGUGUAAAUGUGUAUGCCCUUGAGAAGGACAGUAUAAAAAAGAUCUGGUCUGAGCAGCACCUGCUCUGAAACAACCCGAAUUCUCUAACUUCUCUUCUCUAUAAUAUAUA